UGUGCUGAAGCCUGGUGCGUUUCCACUUUUCUCGAAAGUUGGAGAUCUUACUUGCAGAUAGAACCGUCAAUCACUCCAUCGUCAUCCGGUAGUUCCGGCAUGGACCAAAUGCCCAAGGAACCGUUUGGGGGCGUCUUCAUUCGGAGGCAGAGCAGCAAUGCGUACGGAUGGGCAGACUUGGCGCUAAACGAUGUGUUCCCGUUCCCAGCAGAGCUAGUUCUUCCGGGUAACGUGGAGGCUCUGCUCAACAAGCUGGAGAAGCGUCGGCAUUGGAAAGACGAUAUUCCGAGCUCCGGCGCGUCCUCCAUGGACUCGGACGAUCUAAGAGCUCUCUGUAAGGGAUACGAUUUGGAAAAUUACUUCAACGGUUGCGAGGCACCCAAGGUUGCCGACGUUCCGAAGUCGAAGCUGAUGGAGAUGGCCGAUGUGGGGCAACUUGCUUUUCGCACAUGGGACUCACAUGUUCUUGCGAGCGGCAGGGAGCACAUCGUUGUCGCGAGGCUGUUCGCUCCUCUAUUGGAGUAUAUGCUUUCGAAAAAGAAGGAAAAACCAGAGAGAGUUCUCUUGGAUAUGAAGUUCGGCUUGAAACCGUGGCCGUUUCAAGCGGGAGUGCCUGUCCAGGUCGAUGCCGAGGAAACAUUUCGCAAGUACAAACCCAAGAGCGACGUCUCGUGGUGGAGGGACGAGCAUGUCCUGCUUUUGGGGGAAAUUCAGUCUGGAAACGGCGACAACGAUUAUAUCGGCGCACUUUGCGAGGGAGCAUAUCAGGUGCGCCUUGCAAAUGCAGGUGCAAACGCAAACGCUCUUGAUGAGAGCGCUGUCGUUGUCACCUUCCAUGUGUCAGCAACCAGCACAAUGAGACUCUACUAUCUCUUCCAAAUAGACCCUGCGAACGUCCAUUCGCAUGUCAAAUAUGAGGAGAAGAGAUUCAACCUGAACUUUCUAUCCGAAUGCCAGGCUUUCAUGCAAGUCCUUAACAACUAUGUCGACCUCUUGAUCGACGAGAACAAGCCUUCGGGCACGAUACCUGAAAAGUUCUUUGCUGGUGUCCGGAACCUUCAGUCAGUGUCGACGAAACGUCUCAAUGAGGACCAAGAUCAUGUGCAAGGUCCCCAAAAGCAGAAGAAGGCAGGUGGCGGCCAGAACCCUCCACCCGCUGGCGGCUCGGGAGGUAACCAGGACCAGGACUUUACGACCGAGCAGUAUGUUUUGGUGCCGUCUUUCGAUUUCGGCACACACGGGAGACCAAGAUCCAUCUUUCCGAUUCGGAAGAUUUCGGACCCCAGCGGUACGCUAUAUGUCGCGAAGCAGCUUCGCUGCAAGGAGGAGCUGCGCUGCAAGGAGGAGCUGCGCCUCCUCGAGAAGCUCAAUUCCUUCAUCCCUGGCUCUGAGCAUAUCUUCCAGUUGAUCGACUCGAUAGACGCGAGUGUGGGCAAAUGCAUCGUUCUCCCGAUGCGACAGCCCGUCUGGAGGGAACUGUACUCUGAAACGUUUACCUCCGGCGUCCUGAAAACCCAGCUUCACAAGCUGACCGUCGGUCUCGCGAAGGGCGUCACAUUCCUGCACGAUCAUUUGAUCGCCCAUCUCGACAUCAAACAAGGCAACAUGGUCCUCACCAACGAGCUCUGUCUUCAGAUCAUUGAUUUCGACGUCGCCGUUGAAGUCUCGUGCGACUAUCCCGUAUGCACAGACUACGUUGGAACCUUUCCUUGGAUGGCUCCGGAAAUUGAACGUGAAGACGACGACGAAGAGGAAGCAGAAGAGGACAAGCACCCAGCAAGGCCGCAUAAUCCCUUUCUUGCUGAUAGGUACUCGUGCGGCCAAAGCUUCCUGACGUUCCUUCUUUUCGACUUUGAGCCUGUCCCUGGUCUCAAAGAGUACGCGAGACGGUUGAUGGACCCAUCCCCGCAGCUUCGGCCCUCUCUUCGCGAGUGGUACGAAUCCGAUACCGUCGAGGCUCAGCCGAAAGCGGAAGCUGUUCACGCAACACCGGGCCAAAGCAAUGCCGCGGAACAUAUGGCUAUCCAUGUUGCCACGUCGGAGCUCAAAGUCAACCCCGUGGGCUUGUGUGUCGACGGUGACACAUCUGAUCUCGACUCGUCGAGCGCGAGUUCAUCAUCUGAUCUCGACUUGUCGAGCGCAAGCUCAUCGCCUGAGAUGCCGUCGUCUCAAGAGGAUCAUGCCUUUGAGCCGGCGUCAGUCAACAACAAAGCCCAGGUUUCUGCAUACGCUCCCGUGUCCAAGCUGAUUGCCUAUGGUCGGGGGGUGAAGAGAAGUGCCGAUGCUCAGGAUGGGGAUGGUCACGAAUGGGACGGUCACCCCUUCAAGAAUCGGCGUGUGAUGAAAAUCAGUGGUUGAUUGUCUAUGGUAUGAAUCCAGAGCGUCGCGGUUGCAAACUUGCAAGAUUGCAUCGCUGUGUUGUAUUUCUCUUCAACGAAUCGUACUUUGAUUUGCGACACUGUACUCGUUAACGCCCAAUUCAUCA